AUGGCUGUUGAUUACGUCAAUAAUCGUUCCAAUCUACUGCCUGGUUAUCAGCUUGAUCUGUAUUGGGGUGAUACUAAGUGUGAUCCUGGUCACGGUUUAAAACUCCUAUUCGAAGCACUAACCAAGCUACCGCAUAAAACUCUUAUAUUUGGUGCUUCAUGUUCUCAAGUCACUGAAUACAUGGCAAAAGUAUCCCAGCAGUACAAUCUCUUACAGAUAUCUUACAUCUCAGAAUCUCCCGUCUUAAGCAACAGGGAAAUUUUUCAUAAUUUCUUUCGUACUUAUCCAAGUUCCUCAAGUCUCGAUCCAGUAAUCAUUCAACUCCUCAAUCGGUUCGGAUGGAAAAAAAUAGCACUCAUUUAUCAAUUACAGUCUGGUUUCUCAGUGCGAAUGUCAAAACUAGUCGAAAGACUACGAAGUCAUGGCAUUUCCGUAUCGACCCGCAUGUCUGUUAGGUUUAAAGAAGAUUUAGUAACAGCUAUUAAUUUAAUUAAAGAAAGUCAAACACGGAUUAUUUUCGCUGAACUCUUCAGUGAUAAAACGAGAGAAGUUAUUUGCCAGGCUUAUCAUUUAAAUAUGACCACUAGUAAAUAUGUUUGGAUCUUAUCCGGUUGGCAUAAUCCAAAUUGGUGGAUCAAAAAUACCACUAUCAAUUUAUCAGAGUCAUAUUGUAGUGAUUCCGUUCUAUCUGAAGCCUUAGAUGGACAUUUCUCUUUUAAUGCCGCUUCAUCACCUAGUAUUACCGAUAAAACUGUUUCUGGCCAGAGUUCAGCCGACUGGUUAAAAGAAUUUCAUCAAUAUCAGCAAAAAUAUAACACUAGCCUCUUUCAAGGGGCUGAAGAAUUUGCUCCAUUUUCUUAUGAUGCGAUUAUUGCUGUGGCUCUAAUGUUGAAUCGAUCUAUAAAUGAUUUAGCAAAAAAGAAUAAAUUGUUAGAAAAUGUCACAUAUCAUGAUAAAGAAGCUCUUGAAAUUAUGAAAUUCCACAUGGAAAGAGUUAAAUUUAAUGGGAUUACGGGUCCAGUAGCUUUUUCAAAAUCUGGUGAUCGGAACGCAAUUGCGGUUAUUAAAAGGCUAAUUGACGGGAAAGAUGUUUCGAUUGGAUAUUACAGUAGCGAACAAAGGGAAAUGAAAUGGAAUUAUUCCAUUCCAAUUAAUUGGGCUAAUCCAGGUAAUAAAACACCGCUAGAUGGGCCAAAAAUCGAACUUGUUCCUGAAACGGUCCCUCUUUUCCUACAAAUUUUCCUUUGCAGUCUUUCCGCUUUUGGCAUCUUAUUAACGCUAUCCUUUAUUACGUUAAAUAUUUACUACAAAAAUGAAAAGGUCAUCAAAAUAUCAAGUCCAAACGUCAAUAACGUUAUUGGAUUUUCUGGAAUUGCCUGUUUUGUGUCGGUAAUCUUAUUUAGCAUUGAUAGCCAUGAACAUCGAUUUUCAGAGAAGCUUGCUAUCGUUCAUUGUUGGUCCCAGUUAUGGCUUUUUUGUUUAGGUUUUACUACUGCAUAUGCGGCUUUAAUUGCUAAAACUUGGAGAAUUUAUAAAAUAUUUAAUAAAACCAAAGUUAAAUACCAGGUUAUCAAGGAUAAGCAGUUAUAUCUAAUAAUCUUUUGCAUGGUUGCAUUCGAGAUCUUCACCUUAUUUUUAUGGACUGUGAUUGAUCCAAUUAAGAUUAAGGAAGCAAAUGGUACAAUCCAGUUAUACACGCUAUGGAUUGGCUACGACGAUCAACUUUUUACUACGAUGCCCAGUACAAAAUCAAAUUAUAUCGAUAGGAAAAAAGUCGCCUUAGCCGUUUCUAGUGCAAGAGGAUUCGAGAAAGACACUGAUCUUUCAGAUAAUGAAGAUAAAUUAAUGCACUUGCAAUAUCGAAAGACGACAAUCCUUAAAGAGAUUCAAAAACUUCAAACUGAACUAGAGACUAAGAAAGGACAGCUGGAAUAUCUUAAAAGUGCUAAACGAGAGGAAUCAAAUGCAUGGUAG